AUGUGCAUCGUCUUCUACACACAAUCUCAGCCUGGGUACAAGUUAAUCCUCGCCGCGAACCGUGACGAGUUCCUCGAUCGGCCCGCGUCUGAAGCGGAAUGGCACAACUUUGAUGAUACCUCGCACCACAACAGUUGGGUUCUGUGUGGCCGCGACCUCGGGAGUCCGGACAAGGGAACGUGGUUAGGCAUCACGUCGGACCUGCGCGUCGGCAUUCUCACCAACAUCAGAUACCCGAUCUGCGAACCUCCUCCCAAUGCACCCUCGCGUGGCCACCUGCUCAAGGAGUUCCUCGCCGCGCCGCCAGACCAAGCGCCAUCUGUCACCGACUUCCUCGCGAAGAUUGAUCCGUCGCGCUACGUCGGCUUCAACCUCCUCUUGUUCAACCUCAGGCGGCAGGAUGGCACAUGGAACACGCCAGAGGCUGGCUAUCUCAGUAACCGGUCUAGUCCGCCGAUCCUGCACCCGGACGACUGCGGAUGCAGGGGUAUGUCCAACUCGCCGUUGACGCAGCCGUACCCAAAGGUCCAGAGCGGAGAGGAGCGUAUGGCCGAAUCACUGACCGAGUGGGCACACAAGGAUGAGGGCGAGGACCAGCUCGUGGAGCGCAUGAUGGACCUCCUUUCUCCUGCGCCCCCGGUUCACAGCGCCGUCGACAUGACGUACGCGACUCAGAUCGCACCUCUCCGUAUCGGCGCCAUGGGUCUGGGUCCCGCAAGUGGCGCUGGGGACGAUAGUGCGCGUUGGUACGCCACCCGAGUCGCGACCGUCAUUCUCGUUCGAGACGAUGGCAAGAUCACGUUUGUGGAGCGCGACCGCACCAAGCUGAAGGAUGGAGAAGUGGUACACGCCAACACCGAGCGCAGGGAGGUGUUCUCCGUGUAA